GCACUACAAAGGCCAACCAUCAAAAUCCAUGCUUCAUUCCCGUUUCCUUUCCCCGGAUCCGUCAGCACCCCCAUCCACCAGGCGACGAGUUCCCACCUCCGCUCGCCUCCGAAACCGAUUCCAGCGGCGUUUAUUCCGCCGGGAUGAGCCGCCGGAGCACCACCGAUGGCUGCGGCGAGUACUGAGACGCGCCUCAGUUGAUGGUGUGCAGAGGACCGCCUUCCUUGUGGAAAAAUGCUAGCAAGUGGUGUGGUUCAUCUGCCCGCUUCAGAUAGUAUCGAUCGCGAGUUUCCCAAUCGCUAUGUCAAGGUGACUCUCUCGAUAAGGUUCACUUCUCGAGGUCCUUUGCUAGUAGAGAUGAAUCAAAAAGGAAAAGUAAAUCGGGAUUGCAAUGCUGGAUAGGAUGGCUACUGUGAAAUCUGAAAUACGACUCAUGGGUAAAGGAACACGACACAUCGGAGAAGAACAAAUGUUCUUUUAUUUGUUUUCCUCCUAUAUAGAUUACCUCUGCAACAAUCACUUAUCUGUUAGGACGUGCUGAAUUUGUUCCCCCAUGAUGAACGAUAUUGAAUAAGGUGUCCUCAUAAUUCAGUGCCUGCAUCACUUUCUGUGCGAUAAUCUGUUGGGGUAAAUGAUGUUUCUGGAUCAUGUUCUCGACAUUUUAGUCUACUUCCAGGGCGAAUGCAUUCUUGAGAUUUUUGGUUUUCGACAAUAUAAAGAGGGUGGCUCGUCCCCUGCUUCCAUACCUGAAGACCAGUUAUUCAGGACAGAUGAAGCUCGCAACCUACUGUAAGGUUGGUCAUCAACCAUACUCCCACCGCUUUAACUAUGAUUAUAACCUUCCGUUGAGAGGAUAUUACCCUUCGACAGUCUUUAAAGCAAAAGGAGUAAGUUGCUGCUUUACCAUUUCAAACCAUGCUCUUGUUGCUUGGAAGAGGCUCUCUCUGUUAUAUCAUAACAAUGGGCCUGCUUUGCCACUAAUCAGUAAAAUUGCUGGUGCUGUGAGCCUCGCUCUGACACGAUCAAACCUAAUUUCUCCUGGAGUCAUCGCCUUCAUAAUUGGGGAGCUUGUGUGGGCAGAGCGAGCAUGGGCAGAAGCAGAGCGCAUUCUGCCGAGCAGAACUAUGUAUAUGAAUGCACAAGAUGGGCGUGUUUAUUUGACUUCAUUUCUGUUUUCAAUCCUAGAAUUUUUUGUUAUGAUUGUCAGAGCUAUCUAUCUAGCUAUGCUGUUCUGGCCUUGCAUAUCCAUAGCGCCUGUGGCAGAUACUCUAGGUGUGCAGUUCAGGAGAAGAUGGAUUCAGCUAGUUCAUUCUACAUUAGAGAAGGCUGGCCCUGCAUUUAUUAAAUGGGGUCAGUGGGCUGCAACAAGACCAGAUCUUUUUGCAAGAGAUCUUUGCAAUGAGCUGGCAGAACUCCAUACAAAAGCACCAUCUCACAGUUUCCCCUACACAAAGAAAACAAUUGAAAAGGCAUUCGGCCGCAAGCUGGAUGAGAUUUUUGAAUUGUUUGAGGAAGAACCUCUAGCAUCUGGAAGUGUAGCACAAGUUCAUAGAGCAGUUCUAAAGCACAGAUACCCUGGCCAACAGAUGAAGCCAAUGGUGGUGGCUGUGAAGGUUCGGCAUCCCGGUGUUGGUGAGGCAAUAAGAAGGGACUUUGCGAUAAUUAAUUUUGUCGCUAAAUUGUCAAAGUUCAUUCCUGCUUUGAAAUGGAUGAGAUUGGAUGAGAGCCUACAGCAAUUUGCUGCCUUCAUGGUGUCCCAAGUCGAUCUUGCCAGGGAAGCAGCUCAUUUGAGCCGGUUUAUCUACAACUUCCGCAAAUGGAAGGAUGUCUCGUUCCCCAAGCCUCUCUAUCCCCUUGUGCACCCUGCUGUUCUAGUGGAAACUUUUGAACCAGGUGAAAGUGUUCUUCACUAUGUUGAGGAGCUUGAAGGGCAUGAAGCAAUUAAAAGUGCCCUUGCGCAUAUAGGAACACAUGCUCUUCUAAAGAUGCUUUUGGUCGACAAUUUUGUCCAUGCGGACAUGCAUCCAGGGAACAUUCUAGUUCGGGUAACUGGUGAUAAGUUGUCACACAGGCAACCCUUCAGAUCAAGGCCUCAUGUCAUCUUCCUUGAUGUGGGAAUGACUGCUGAACUAUCCAAAAGAGACCGGAUAAAUUUGCUAGAAUUUUUUAAGGCUGUAGCCCUUCGGGACGGUCGGAGUGCUGCUGAAUACACACUGAGAUUGUCCAGAAAGCAAAGUUGCCCUGAUCCAAGAGCUUUUAUAAAGGAUGUAGAAAUGUCUUUCACUUAUUGGGGCUCCCAGAAAGCUAAUGAUGUUCAUCCAGCUGAUUGCAUGCAUCAACUACUUGAGCAUGUCAGGCAUCAUAGAGUCAAUAUUGAUGGCAAUGUUUGUACUGUGAUGGUAACAACAUUGGUUCUGGAGGGAUGGCAGCGCAAAUUGGAUCCAGAAUAUGAUGUUAUGAACACUUUGCAAACAUUGUUAUUCAAAGCUGAUUGGGCAGAGUCUCUCUUUUACACCAUCGAAGGUCUUAUGGCUCCAUAGAAGGCAGCAAUCUCCUCAUACAUUCUCCAGUGAAUAAAAGUGAAUGGCCGGUUUGGUAGUCUCCUCAAGGGGUUCAUUGUUUUCCUCUUCUUCUUCUUUUUUUUUUUUUUCCUAUUUUCUCCUAUUUUUCUUUUUUUCUCUACAGGAUUUUCUUUUUUGAUAGGACGUACUUUCGUUUAUCUAUAGGAAAGAUUAUACUAAUUUCUCAUCUAAUGAGCGGACUUCCCAUUUCUUUUCAUUUUAUUUGUCAGGACUUUUGCUGUUGUAUUGAUAGAACAGUGCCUCUCGGUGUGAGAGCAUUUUUGGUUGCAACUGUUGAGAAGGUAAUCUACCAGACAUAUUCCAAUUGAUUGUUUCA